AUGGCCCUGCGCUGGAUAUCGCUGCUUCGGCUGCUUCUGCUGCUGCUGCUGAACCUUGCUGUGUUGGGAACGCACGCUGAUGUUUCUCUGUCGCGAGAGCCAAGAACGCGAGCCCAAACAAUGCCGAUCUUCUACAAGUUCACGGUCACGGAGAACGAGAAUGUUGGGCAAAGCGAAUUGGUCUGCACGUGUUUCUCAUUCCUGGGAUUUCAGGAUGGAAUCAACAAAAUUGAUUCUAAUACUCAGCUACCUUUCCGCCAUGACUAUGACCCGAGCAGAAACCUGACCCUCAACGUGCUCUGCAAGGAUGCGGUGGAAUGUUUCAACUAUUAUGAAGACUACGACUUUCAGGCUUCCAGUGUGCUGUGGAAUGAGACGCUCGAAAUCAGGGUCAAAGGGGAAGAGAAUACAAAUGUUGUUGGCUUCGACUGCAAGUACACCAGGAAGAGUGUCAACUGCUCGUGGGCGCGUGGCUACCUGGCCCCGGCCGACACCGUCUACAGGAUGUUCUAUCAUUACAAAGACAUCGCGGUGCAAGAGUGCCCGACCUACGUUGUCAAGUCCAGCAUGAGAGUCGGCUGUCACUUGACCCCUGACGAAAGGGCGCGCUCGGUGGAGCACCACUUCUACGUGAACGGCAGCAGCAGCAGCGUCGCCAUCAGACCAUUCUACCUCAAGGCGUUCCCCGCCUCGCUGUGUUUCACGGAAACCCCCACCAACCUCCACGCCGCGAGCAACGAUAGCACGAGCAUCAGCAUCACCUGGACGAGCGACUGCCCCAAAAAAUGCCUCUCGUGGGUUUCCAUCGCGGACAACGUCAGCGGCAAGAGAGAGACACUGGAGGUGAAACACGGCGCCGAUGCGCUGAUCGAUCUGCCGUUCAACGCGAAGCGGAAUCUCUCCAUCAAGGUGCGCACUCAAGUCCUCGACGAGGACGGCUGCCGGCCGAGCGCGUGGAGUGAAUCUCUCACCCUGGAACCCCGUGACCCGAUGCCAGCGACUGGCCAGGAAGCAGAUGCAUGGAUCACGUGGCUGGCUCUGUUUAUGGGACUAAUGCUGCUUCUGCUCGGACUGGUGAUACUGAUCCUUGUUGUUGGGAGAAGGUGUAAGUCUGUGUUGUGGCCUAAAGUAUCAGAUCCGUCCGUAAUAUUCGAGGAACUUUACACAAAGCACCAAGGAAACUUUGAGAGAUGGGCUGGAGCCCCCGUGGUAUCGAGCAAAGAGGUGGACUUCACCCAGGACAUAAAGUUCAGCCCGGUGGAGCCCGAGAGUGAGGUGCCCAAGCUGGGACAACCAGGCCAAUGAUGGAGCCUCUGCCUUCACACCAAAGCAAUGGUUGCAUUUAAGUCCUCCUCCUGUGUGUGUGUGCGCAUUGUACACGCACGGACACAGUGGGCAUGUGUAUCCGUGCAAGUGGUAUUAAUGUCGUGGCAGCUACUGGAGCCAAUAGGCUGUUUGUGAUUGUGACUACUCACACUGAAUGACGUACAGAUUAUUUUGUGUGACCAGCUGAGAAAGCCAAGAGAUGGAGCAGCGUCGUCUUCAUUUGUAAAUAAGUGACCUGGGUUGCCAAAAUGGCAAAAGCUAAAACCCGGAACAUGACAAUGAAGGAAAUAUAUAAUUCGCAUGGAAGUAAUCUAUCAAUAACGAUUCUUAGCAUCGCGAAUACAUCCGUAGAAUUGUGCGUGUUUGAAGAGAGGAUUGUGAUUGGUUGUACGCUCCAGCCACACGUGGUGCGCUACCAUUCAUUACGUCACAAAACUAAUCGAUUCUUAAGCGUAAUCGUGACCCUGAAUCGUGGCAGUUCAUCGCAUCGACAGGGGGAGGAUUGUUCUCCACCCAUGGUUGCUAUGCAGGUCUGUGUGUUGGACUUCUUUGGCACCGUACGUCGCCAACCGCGCUU